AUGUGGCACACUGACGUCUAUGUGACAGAUACGACGGGACCACGCAUCUAUAAAAAGAGCACACAUGCUUGUAUCCCAGUUUCUGCGCGAAUUGAACAAAACAUUAACUUUGAACAAAACGUUCUUCCUCAUAAUUGUUUUAACAUGCUUUAUAACAAAACAGAUCUAAAGACAUUUAGCUGGUCCAUUAUAAAAAAUGAAUCCCUAAAUCCACGACAAAUGACUUACGCUCUAUACCUACCCCAGUGUCAAAAGGGCAAACCAACCACAGAAACAAAAGACAAUGUAUAUGUACACACCUCGAAUUCUGAUUACGAGGCUGAUAUCGAUUAUAAUUCAGGGUCCGAUUCAGCCGCUUCUGUAUAUUCACUACUCGGAGUUUCUCCACUCCCAUCGCCCGUUAAUGAUUCACUUAUUCCAUGGGAAGAGUUUAUUAAUGAGAUAAAAGACUUUGAAAUUUGGCUUCAAGACUCCCUCGCAUAUGAAGAGGAUACUUAG